GGCCAUUUCUGGGGUCCUGCACCCUUACUUCUUCCUCACAAUACUGCCAUGGCUCCGCAACCCCGCAAACGUACUGUUCCUUGCGACAAAUGCAGAGAGAAACACCUGAAAUGCGAUGGCGGAACGCCGUGUUCCAACUGCAGCAAAGCAUCCACGAGCUGUGUGCGGAUGGUCAAGAAGUUUCGAGUAAAGAGGUUGAUUACAUCCCACGACAGCUUCAAGUUUGACCCGGAUCAAACGUGGAUCCAGACUGGAAGCCAAAAGCAACAACACUCCCUCUCCAUCAUCGACGAAUCCGACGGCGCCUCCAAUCGCACGACCCUAAAACCUACCCCCCCGAUAGAUGAGCCAGAGGAAAGCUGCCUGAGUGCUGCCGCUGAAGUGCUGCAGUCCUUUUCCAGAAGUGGACAAGCAGGGCCAUACGAAAACGCGACUUCACAUUCUACACUCGAUGAAGACGAAUCUCUGGAUACAAGUCCUCGCGAUGGGCUCUUGGAACGAUGCAAUAUCCAAGACACCGCCAGUACAGACGAUAACGGAAGUCAUUCUCAGUUUUCCACGCCCAGCACCUCUACCUACGAUCAGACCCCAGUCCCCCCAUAUCUCGAGCCUAGUCGCGGUCUUCCCAAUGAUUUCCACUCGGUAUGGCAGCAUUCACAUCCAGACAGUUCCUUGGCAGACUCUGUAGAUCAUGCGAGCUCUCACUCCGACUCCCCAUAUCAGACGAAUUAUCUGAUCCAUCAGCGCCUCCCCUCCCGUUCAGUUUCGGAUUAUGCCACUCCGGCAUCAAUCCCAGGUGUUUCCAACAGUGGCAAUCCGCUAGCCUGGAACUUACAGGAGGCUUGUCUUGUGCGUUGCUUUAUUGAGACGAUAGCCACGUCUUUUGAUACAAGUGACAGAGACCACCACUAUCUUAACGUGGUGCCUAUCCGCGCCAUGUAUAGUCCCUUGCUUCUAAAUGCCAUUUGUACUGCAUCAGCGAGGUAUCUCACCCAAAUCUGGUCACGACGCGAGCCUCACAGCAUCGUAAGUUACAACGGCACUGAGCUCCCAGGCCUCACUGAAGAAUCGGUUAUACACUAUCACAACAAGUGUAUAUCAGAGCUCAUGGAUGUCUCUGCGGAUCCCAUUAAUUCGUGCAGCGACGAUGCCUUAACAGCCAUCACCAUUCUUCGCUACCACGAGCAGGUCGAUACGCACUUCACAGGCAUCGAUGGCGAAACAUUUUCGAUAGCAGUACAAGCUGUGUUUCAGGCCCAGCAAGACCGAUCGCUCGGGCAAUGGCGACUCACCCUCCAACCACCGCGGGAUCGAGAUAUGUUUGCGGUAUCUAUGCCAUCUCUACGACACUCGGCAUGCUUAAUCGCUCUUCGGCAGGAAAUUUGGUCCGUUCUGAUCCACCGUCGGCCAUUCCGAUUACCCAUUUUAACCGUCGACGAUUACGCCAACUUCGACGACACGAGUACGCUCGACGACCACGAUUGGACAAAUUGUGUUAUAUUCUGGUGUGCCCACGUCCUCAAGUUUUGUUUCAGUGAUGAGGGCUUUCUCAGUGUUGAGAACAAGAGGACAAGAUCAGAGCAGUGGAAUGCACUCAAAGCAUUUGAGAAGAACUGGGACGAGAGGCCACCGCCGCAUUUCGCGCCCCUUUAUUAUGAAGAGAGAAACCCCAGUGAAGGUCGGUACUUUCCAACAAUAUGGCUCGCAAAUCAUUCUCAAGUCAUGGCUCUGCAACAUGUGGAGCUAGCUCGCAUCGUCCUCGCGGUUCACGACUCAAAGCUGCAGCGGAUCGGCAUCGGUGCAAGCGCCGCCUAUCAAGCUCUCGAAGAGAAUACCGACCUCGUACGAAUCGCGCGGGACCGCGGCGCAGUACAGCGAUAUUUUGAGGCCCUCGACCAAGGCUUUCUUGGCCAAGCAAUACGAGAGCGCUACGCCUUCGAUGGCCAGGUCGGUCCGGACGGCAUCGUUCAGGACACUGGAAUGCGCAUAGACGAACUUGUUAUCAGCGACUUGCAAGAGUACCUAGACGAAGACGACGACCGCCUCGAGGCCACUAAAAUGGUCCUGACUCAAGGACUUGCAAAUAUCCACGAUCCCGGCAUAGAGCUCGUGCGUACAAUGAUCAACAUGAUGGACGCCGACCCUCCCGCCGCUCGGCGCAAAAGAUCAAUCAGGGCCCAGUUGCUUGAAUUUCUGGAGGAGCAUGAGCUAGACCUUGGCAAAGUCGACCGUUUGGUCGACAUCUUGUUCGAAGAGUGA